AUGUUCAACAGUGACUGCAGAGAAGAUGGAAGAACAGUGUGCUGUUGCAAAAGUGACAAAAGUUAUUGCCGUAUGUUGCACGUAACAAAUUAUAUUCUUGCACUGAUAUUUGAAAAUUAAAAAACAAAAAAACAAAGCGAGGGUUUUAGAAGAUAGGAUCGAACGUCAGUUAAGUGAGCAGUCAUAAGAAUAUAUAUAAUUGUCUUUAAUUUUUUUUUGUUUUUGUCGUGCUUAUCAGCCUGUUGUAAUUAAGAACGGGAUAGUAACCAUAAACUAUUAGUUUUCAACUGAUAACUUCGGUAUGUAAACUUUUUUUACUCGCCUCCAACGUGGUUAUGGUAGCUAUACUUCUAUAAUAAUGUCAUUCUCGGAGACCCAAGGGCAGUCAGUCGGGUCGGGAGAAAAGGCGGGACGAAAGUUUUCAAGUACGGGCGAAAGAGCCCCUGGGUACCAACUCUCACCGAACUAUUUCCAAAAACUCAAGCGGCUGCCGGCUAGUGAUUGGGCACACAAAAUGCUUUGUAUUAUUGUGCCCAAUCGGCGAACAGCUUCGCCUGAGUUCUUUUCAUGAGUUCGUACACGACAGCUAUUGUCUCGCCACACAUGCCGAGCUCGUUCACCAAGCUUGGGCGUGCAAGGGAAACUUUUUUUUUCUACUUUCCUAUCCAGAAACGAAGGAACUACCGAUGAGUCGAAAAAAACGUUUGGGAUGCUAUGAGCAGGAGCAAUUGAAUUUGCCCCGAGAAUAUUCUGUUUUUGACGGAUCACAAUGUAUCGUAAAUAAUAGGAAGUUUAAGAUGGGGCGGCGACAAGAAAGUCAAAUAAGCAAUAGCUUGACAAGGCAAAACAACAACUUUGCACGAGCAUCACGCUUUUUUGUACAUUUCUUUGCCGUCAACUGUACGACGUAACCCGUGAAAAUGCCUAAUUUCACGUUUUGUGAAGGACGUAAACUGACGCGUUUUCGUGGCAGUCUUCCGUCGUGGUAUCUUUUAAAAACUCUCUAUAAAUAUUUACGCAAGAAGUGGCCGAUGCACACGUGAAUACCUGUUGUAAGCUGAAGCUCGUAUUUUUGGAAAAGCGUCUUUUGUUUUCGGCCAGACAGUAUUUUGAAAUCAGAUGGGUAUUUUAUAUCAAAACUGAAAGUUUCCUGACUGCCGGCAUUUCUUUGGUACAUGAGACAGACAAGACGUUAUCGAGACAAUAGCCGUCGUGUACGAAAACACGAAAAAAACUCAGGAGAUGUGUUCGCCGAUUGGGCACAAUAAUACAAAGCAUUUUUUGUGCCCAAUCAGGAGCCGGCAUCCGCUGGAAUUUUUGGAAAUGGUCCGGUGAGAGUCGGUACCCAGGGGCUCUUUCGCCCUUACUUGAAAACUUUCUUCCGGCCUUUUCUCCCUACCCGACUGACUGCCCCUGGGUCUCCGAGGAUGUAAUUACGUCUGAAUGGAGGCAUUUUGCGCAUUAUUUUGGCGUGGGUGUCAACGGGGAUCUCGAGUAGUUUAGAAUGGUCAAUUUACUCCUCUGACUAUCGAGUAACUGUGGAGUUAGGUCGAGUCUAUGACGUCACCGUCGCCUAUCUCUCUUUGUAUAUGGUAAAUACCAUCUAGACCUGUAUAACGAUAACACUGUCGAGUUAGUAUCAAGUCGUUCUUUUCACACGAAGCGAGGUGCUCUCUUAUAAAAGAGGAACAAUAGGCUUCUCCCAUUGUUUCCAGUAGUGUACUAUGUUGCAUUAUAAGCCCCGUAGGUGUAUAGGUAUAAGUAAAUCAUUAAGAUUCAACUGCGUUCCUGCAUAUUAAUUUGGUAGUGUCGAUUAGGUAUAGGUAAAUCAUUAACAUUCACAUACCUUCCUGCAUAAAAAUUCGGUAUAGGUUUCCUAAUGAGCGUCUCUCUUACACAAUAGGAACAAUUAUAAGGCUUGUCUAAAUUAAAGACUUGCCCGGUAAGUAACUUUAGUCGGUUUGUCAGAACGUCUAGUUACAAAAUAGGAGUAAUUCAGGAGCGAUCACCUAGCAAAGCGAGAAACGGCUUAUGUCUUCUUUUUAGCGCUAAUAAUCGAAUAUAUAAACAAAACACACACAUUCAGAAAGUGGAGCUGAAAACUCUUUAUUUCAAUUUUGACUUACUAUUACAAAAUCGUUUACUCCUUUCUAUCUCGAAGAAACGACUAAUUAUUGAAGUCUCAGCGCUUGGUGAGCUUAUUGCCUUGUUUCACGCGUCGUUAGUCACUUAAUUAUGCAAGUUAACAAGCCAACGGUUGCAUACAGUUUGCACAGUAAAAACUUCGAGGCAAAACCUUGACUAUAAAAACACAAAAAAACAAUAAAUUUUUUUAAUAACUUAACAAGGAUCAAUUGAAUUGUUCCUUUUAUUGUCUUGUUCGUCCUCAGGUUCAAUUUCUUCCUCAUCGUCCUCAUUAUCGCUCGCAAUCAAAUUAAUCCCUCUACUUUCAUCUUCGCUGUCUGCCUCUUCGCUUUCUUCCCCUUGUUCGCUGUCGAGUCCGCUUCUGUCAUACUCUACAUUUCCUUCUUGUAUAUCUACAGGUAUUUGCGCGAGUUGAUCUUCAUGCGUCUCACCAAGGUUUGGGGCAGAUGCUUGUUUCAGUGAUUGAGACAUGGGUGUGAACUGUUAACGGGGCAGAGGGGAACUUUUCAGGCUUAUCUUGGUGAGGUACUGGAUAAACUCUGUAAUAAACGCGUUUGGGUCGUCGUUAGACACGAAACAUUUGGGUGCUUGGUAAUCAGGCACGUUACAACUACGUACGUUGGCACUCAAGGGUACAGAUUGCUAGUUUAAUUUAUCUUUGUUUUUUAAUUCUUGUGUUUUCUCCUUGUCACAGUAGCAUUCGAAAUUAAAUGUCGCGUGAGUAGAUACGGAAAAUAGCGUGCUUCUUCAGGAACGACAAUGCCUUCUUUUUCUAGUUCUCGAAAAACGGUUUUUGGUAGUCCUACUACUCGCCACCCGGGUACUUGAUCUGCACUUUGCGGUCACAGGUCUCCUCGUGAAGACUUCAACGGGACCCGUUCUUCCAAUAUUUACCGCAAUGGGAACAACAGAAGGAUCUAGAGUAACUCGCCAGAUCUUUGAUGUACGAGAAAUGGUAUUCGUACAAGUUUAGGUAAUGCUCAAUGGCGGUGCGGACGGCGGAUCAGUGUAGCGGCCGCGAUAUCAGAUUCAUUUUCUUCGUUGUCUUCUCUAUGGGUUUGAGUGGGUGCUAAGCUGUACACUUGGAUUUUCACUUUGUAUAAUUUUUCUACUUCGUCCAGUUCACUUAACUUUACACUAUGGAAUUUCUUUUUCACCAAACUGACUCGACGUUAAUUCAGAACAUGUGAAUAUUAAUUAAAGUAUAGGUUUUCUUAUCGACACUAAAUCGACAGUAAAGAGGAGUAAAUUGACCAUUCUAACCCACUAUCUCGUAUUACAUCACACAUGCUCCACCUCUAAAAACAUUUAAGAUUACGAUUUAACACUAGCUUAGUAUUUACCAAUUUUAUAUUCAUGGUAAAACAGACAGCGUUACAUUAAGUUAAAUACUCUAUGAUAAAGCUCGGGUAGUUGAGCACUAGGCCACCAUUCCUCCUUUUUUCUCUCCUGUUUUACAUGUUUUCGUUUUACAGUUUGUUUUAGUUUUGAUUAUUUUUGUCAGGCUGUUUGUAAAUGGUCGGAUCAGCGGCUUGUACCAUGUAGCCUUUAUUUUUGUAUGUAACAUUUUUUUUAACUCAUAUUCACGCAGAUGCUUGGACGACAGCAACAACAACAACACUCUUAUCACAUUCACCCACAUCAUCACCUUCACCCAUAUCUUCAUUGAUAACAAAAACAUCUGCAACAUCGUCAUCAUCAAAGACACUCAUAUCAACAUCGAUAACAGAAAUGUCAUCACCUACAUCAUCAUCUAUGACACGUGUACCAACACUGAUGGCACAAACAUCAACAACAGCAACAUUAUCACCAUCGCCCAUAUCAACAAUGACAGCAGAGUCGACAACUGCGUCAUCACCGUUACCUGUACAAUCAUUGAUAACAGAAAUAGAAAAAACAUCGCCAUCUUCAACGUCACCCAUACCAACUUUCAUGAGAGAUUCAUCGACCGCGGCGGCAUUUCCGUCAGCUGUACCAUCAACAAAAUCACCAGCACUACAAUCAACAAUAACACAGUUAUCAUCUAAAACAACACAAAUACCAACUUGGAAAAUAUUGGUGAGUUAUGGUGGAUUGUUAAUAACUACAGAUUUUUAUUGAAAACACAAGCAUGAUAAAAACGCAACAAAUUAUUUCACCUCAAACUCGCGCAACCAGCAAGAAAAUAUAUGAACUGCAUGGUAUCUCACAAGAAAAGAUGCAAAUUUACUGAGGUCGGGAUGAUUGUCUUCUAUGAAACUGGCCAUAGCCUUUGAGAGUCAUCUCCCGUUGAGGCAGCCCAUUGAGAACAAAAGUUAGUUUCGUUCAGGACAGAAGGACCCCCAACAGCGCAGUGCGCGAAGAAUUCCUAAGAAAACAACUGCGAUAAUUUCAGUUGAUGCGUAACUUGAGAACCAUAGAACCAUAGAAAAGGAAGGAAUAAAAGACGGUGAAAAAAUCAAUUGAUUAUGUCUGAAUGUUGAAAGAGGCUGCUCGUUGCCAGUUAAGACAAGAGAGUUAUAAAUCAUGGUCGAUCAGUAUUGCCAAAGAAGAAUUCGCAACUCUAUAAAAGAUAGUAUAGGGUGAAAACACGAUUGUCUCUUUAAUGAGGGGAUUUUCUUUCUGGUAAAAACCUCUGCAUUUUAACGUCUUCCGGGGAUUCAGGUAGCUCUGAGUGUUUGAGUCCGAAGUGAACGCGGUAAGCAAACGCUGUCACAAUUUCCCCCAUUGCUAUGUGCUCGAUACUUUUCAGCUACUGUCCAGUUCGUAGUAGCGAGGUGUCCGCAAAUAAAGGCGAAAGUUGACUGCGUCCGCCCGAAUCAAAAUUAAUGGUAAAUGCUGAUGUAGGGAAAUACUAUGGAGCAAAAUUGGCCAGUUCACAAAACCUUUACACAUUCCUUUGCAGGUAUCUCGGUACUCUUCAUUGAUUAGGGCUCUCAAUGUUAGCAACAAAGGAUCCUUACAGGUGAAGUCGUCUCUACUGCAAAUAACUAACUUGAUGCCUGAGUUGAAUACGGCCUUGAUCACUGACUCUUAUUAAUGUCGCAUGUAUUUAUUGAUCAUUUUUUUUCUUGAAAUGAGGCACUCAAGCAUGAAAAAAAUUUAGUCCGUUUUUUCAAGGUGAUUUCUUUCUCAUUUGAUAUCGGAAGGGGCAAAAAUUGAUUAAUUUGCUUGGUUCUUUUAGCUGAUAACAUUAAGCUUGUCAGAUGUUGACAGAUAUUUGACAAGGUUCAAUAUAAACGUCAUGUAUUCAUUAUAAAGAAUAGAUGGUCUUACAGCGGCAUAUCGUCUCUAAUCCAUCCAUUUUACGUUUUUUUUUUUUCUUUUUCACAGGAAGGAAUCAAUGCAUCCAGAAUUUUUUUAGAAGAUGCAAAAAAACUACCGCCAGGAGGAAAUGACAGAAAUAUACUGGUAGCCACUCACGAACUCGAAUCAUUUGCAAUAAAAUACGGCAAAAUUCAUCUCACAGCGAAGGAGAGCGCAGUUAUUGUGCAAGAAUUGUUUGGUGAGUUUUGUGCUCUGUUUGAUGAGUCAGUUUUAUUUUAUUUUUUUUUUCUUUUUUACAGUGUAGUCAAGUGGUGCGUAUGGCCGUAA